AGACUCUCUGGUACCAAAAGCCAAUGAUGUACAACAAAUUUUGGAAGACUCACCAAACGCCAUCAAAUCUAGCCACAUCAAUAAAAGAUGAUACUGUUCCAUUACCAGAUAGUUCUGUUCAAGUUAUUAAACUACUUCGAUUCCGUCCAAAGGACUGGACUGACUGUGUGAGAUAUGCUCGUAUAAAAUUUGAAAAAUACUUUAACCACAAGGCAUUAAACCUAUUGGCUGCAUUCCCACUGGACACUAAGAUGCCUGAUGGAUCUUUAUUCUGGCAGUCACCAAAGAGACCUCCCACUCCCCUAGUAUUCAACAAUACUGAAUCAAUGCAUAUUAUGUUUGUCAUUAGUUUUGCUAAAUUGUUAGCUCAAAUUAAUAAAAUAUCAUACACUGAACAGGAUCUUAAUGUUGAGUAUGUUAUUAAAGUUGCAGCUACUGCCAUCAUUCCAAAGUUCAUUGCUUCAACCAAAAGGAUAGAGACUGAUGAGAAUGCCAAGGCUCCAGAAAAAGAGGAAGUAUCCUUAGACAAGAUUGAAUCCUGCAGGCAAUCCCUCUUUACUUUAGCAGCAGAAUCAACUAUAACACCAGAUCAAUUAAUAAUGCAUCCUCUCUCAUUUGAGAAAGAUGAUGACUCAAAUGGACACAUUGACUUUAUAACUGCAUCCUCAAAUUUAAGAGCCCUCGUGUAUAAUAUAGAGACUGUUGAUCGUUUUAAAACUAAGUUGAUAGCCGGAAGGAUUGUACCAGCCAUAGCAACCACCACAGCUACUGUUGCUGGACUUGUUAGUCUUGAGCUGAUUAAGGUUGCUAUGUCUCCUCCCCAAACUAUUGAUAAAUUUAAGAAUGCUUUCAUGAAUCUGGCACUGCCUGAACUUCCACUGAUAUUAUCAGAGCCAGCUCCUUGUACUAGAACAAGCAUCAGUGAUGGAGUGUCUUAUACUUUGUGGACAAGAUGGGAAAUAAAUGGUAGUCCUGAAAUGACACUGAAAGAGUUCAUACAGGCAGUGAAGUUGCAGUACAAUGUUGAUGUCAGCAUGGUUGUGUUAGGUGUUAAAAUGAUAUAUGUUCCUUUAUUACCAGGACAUAAAAAGAGACUAACACAAACGAUGAAAUCUCUUCUUGCUAAAUCAGUUUCUGCUCAGUCUACUUAUGUUGAUUUGACGUUAUCUUUUAAUAAUGAUUUACCAGGACCUCCUGUUAGAUAUUAUUUUUAAAUUAAUAAUAACUUAUUAUUAUUAUUAUU